UCUUCUGUCGAUUUGGUGACCCUCCUCAGAUUUUCAAGCACAAAAACAGGUAUUGCACUAGGAGAACUCUUCUCUCUUUUUUGCCCAAUAAGAGGAAAGGAUGCAAUCCCAUAUUUGUUCCAUGAUCAUUGCUCUGAGCUUGGCUUUGAGCACGGCUACUAAUAGGACGGAGAGAUGGAGAAGUCAUGAUGACUCAGCUGGAACAGAAGAUGGUGAGCACGAAGUUCAUCAUCCCAGAGUCUUCAUGGAGGCUGGCCCUCAAUGUACAUUUCCUUUUCGACAUGGUGGCAUGCUGUACUUCUCAUGCAUAUCGAAUGCAUUUUCUCUGAAGAAAUGGUGUUCAACUACACGAAAUCAUGACCGAGACGGACAAUGGGGUUACUGCUCCACUUCAUCUAACCAAUCUCUAGGUUGUUUAGAUCCUUGUGGAAGUUCUCCUUGCAGAAACGGAGGCACCUGCUCCAGUGGACACGAUCCAUGCUCUUACCAUUGCUUGUGCCCUGAAGAAUUCAUGGGGGGAACCUGUGAAGUGGCAAAAUGUUUUGAUGAAAGCCUCUAUGAGUAUUUUGAGCCUGGAGAAAGCUGGGCCCGGAUCCAUCAAGGCACUGUCCAAGAGUGUAGGUGUGUACGCAGUCGAACGGAAUGCCAGCCUGCUCGAUAUACAGAUUGCACCACCAACCCUUGCCUCAAUGGCAGUCCCUGCAGGAAGAUUAUCUCCACUGGCAGAACAGUCUGUGGGUGUCAAAAACCUGUUGUGGGAAGAGACUGCAGUAUUGUUCUUAGCCAUGAGUGCUAUCGGGGGAAUGGGACGACCUACAGGGGCAUAAUGAAGAAGACCACUUCUGGAGAUGAUUGCCUACCAUGGAAUUCAGACUUCCUUUACGAAGAGCUUCGUUCAGAUUUAGUUGCAAAUUCUGGGCAACUGGGAUUGGGACCACAUUCAUACUGCAGAAAUCCUGAUGGAGAUGUGAAGCCCUGGUGCUACAUUAUAAAAGGCAACGCUGUGAUUUGGGAUUACUGCAACAUCACAUUAUGUGCGAGCACGGAAAGGCGGCCGCCCAUCCCAGAUAUUGAAGAAUUUGCUGUCAUCAGAAGGUCGUGCGGGAGAAGACAUAAGAAGCGCAGUUUCAUUAGACCUCGGAUUAUUGGAGGGUCUUCUGCAUUGCCAGGAUCACAUCCUUGGCUGGCUGCCAUAUACAUUGGAAAGAGUUUCUGCGCUGGCAGCCUUAUCCGUGCUUGUUGGGUUGUGACAUCUGCACACUGCUUUGCUAACAGCCCUCUGAAGUCAAAGAUCCGGGUCGUUUUGGGGCAGCAUUUUUUCAAUAAAACAACAGACGUUACUCAAGUGUUUGAAAUAGAGAAGUACAUCAUGUUUCCUGAUUAUACAGUCUACAACCCAACUGAAAAUGAUAUCGUUUUGGUUAAGCUAAAGAAGAACAAUCAGCGCUGUGCCGUGAAGUCCCAAUUUGUUCAGCCAAUCUGCUUGCCUGAAAAUGGACUGACCUUUCCUGAUAACUAUAAAUGCCAAAUUGCAGGAUGGGGCCACUUGCAUGAAAAUGCAUCCAGCUAUUCUACGCUGUUGCAAGAAACAAUUGUUCCUAUCAUCCCUGAUUACAAAUGUAAACAUUAUGAUGUGUAUGGAACAGAAAUUAGUGAAAAUAUGUUUUGUGCUGGUUAUCUCGACAGCAAAUCAGAUGCCUGCCAGGGAGAUUCUGGAGGGCCACUGGCUUGCGAAAAAGAUGGAAUAUCUUACCUCUAUGGUAUUGUCAGCUGGGGUGACGGCUGUGGCAAGGAAAAGAAGCCUGGUGUUUACACAAAAGUGACUAAAUAUUUGGACUGGAUCAACGAGAAAACAAUUCCAAAAGAGCAACUGUAGCUCUUUAAAAGGACAACAUCUUUUACAGUUUGUUAAAAUUGUAGGAUGCCAUAAUAGGGUUUUUCUCCCGAAUCCUGACAAAAAAGGCUCUCUGCCAUAUCUGCUACUCCUGCAUCUGUCUGUCUGUCCUGUUCGCAAGAGUGGACUUGUUUACAUGAAUGUUCAUAUUGAUGGUGUAAAACCGUAGCUCCCCCCUCCUGCUCCUUUGUUUCUGGAAGCUCUCCCUGGGCCUUGAAUCCAAGACACCCCCCCCUCAGUUCCACUGAAUGGUCAGUUUCAAUAGCUCUUAAGCACUAGUUUUUUCUUCUUUUAUUAACCAGUGACUGAAUGAUCCACUGAACUCUUUAAGAAGAAUUUGUAGAAUCCAUAGUUCAUUAGAGUCAACUCCUUUCAUCUCAGCAGGUUUUAAGUUAACAGUGCAAUCCUAAACAGUUGCGGUCCUUCUAAGCCCACUGAUUUCAGUCAAUUUAGGAAGGUGUUAACUCUGUUCAAGAGUGCACUAUAAACCACAUAAGCAUUAGGUAAACUGAGCAAGCAUCUGAGUUAGGUACACACAAGAACAGAAUUGAAAUAGUCUUGUAGUUUGAU